AUUUCUGCAUCUGCACUGUGCAACCAAUAUAGUUUUUAGACGACUUGACUUGCUGAAAGUGUAAAUUAUAUUAUUUUAAGCAAAAAUUAUGAUAGCCCAUCACAAAUUUAUUAGCUGUUUAAUUUUUACAUCGUAAUUUUAUCUGUGAAAACUACUCUAUUAAAUGAUGUACCUCUUCUUAGCAGCAACAGGUCUGAGCUUUCUGAGUGUGUUUCAUUCAGCUCUUUUGGAAUGGAUCCUGAAUGUAUGCUUUCCCAAACCUGUAAAUGCACCAAUCAGAGCUGAAAUCAACGCAAUCAAAGCAGAGUUACAAACGGUUUCCAUGGUAGACGAAUUUCCAAAGUAUGCUAGGUUGCAGCGGAAGUUAAAUGCUCUUAAAGAGCAGCUCUCAACCACUCCAAAUAAAAUAACUGUUGCCAUGAAUCGCAUGAUGGUGGACCUGUUACUUCAAGGCAGCUUCGUGUGCCUGAAUCUUUUUUGCUUCUACAUGUAUCGUUCAGUUUCUGUCUUUAAACUUCCAGCAGAGUGGUUGGAGCCACAUCCGAUCCCGCGUCUUGUCAGCUGGCCGUCAAACGAAGCAGGUGGGAUCAGCUUCCUCUUUUGGUUUACAGUUUCUAGCCAAGUUUUUCGGCUUCUAAAAACUCGGUGAAAGUGAGUAUAUGUCCAGUCUUGGACUCUGGAAUGUCCAGCACUAUCUCAAAGCCUUAAAAGAUCCUUUUGGCUUCUGUCAGAUAGAGAUUUGCAAUCAAGGCUUGUGCAGAACUGUUCCUCCCAUGAUGUCAACUGUUGCGUACAUGUAAGUAACGAUUAAUUGAUUUCAAUACAGCAUUUAUUUGAGGAACAGAAUAUAAGAAUCCAAUGAUUAUUGUAAAUGAUGCCUCAGAGAAAAUCCCAAUAAAUCUUUUGAUGCUACCAAAUCUCUUCGGAUGAAGUAUGAACCCUCUGGUAAAGUUGUCUCAGUUUAUUGUAUCUAGAAAUUGUUUACGAAAAUAUGAGCACUAUUAGGUUUCCCAAGAAUUAAAUAUCAGUUAAAGUUUGGCACAAAUUGGGUUUUCAGCAGUAUAGAAGUCUUGAAUAUUUUCCAUUCUGACCCUAAAACUCAAGGAGGAAAUAUAUAACGAAGAAAAGGCUGCAUUUACAGAUUGUAGUGUGGCUAAAGAUCCGCAGGAGAGUCAUUGCGCUUUUUCUCACUUUCUUAGUUCUUCAUCGGUCUAUUUCAAAGGAGAAAACAAAUAGAGGAGAUGCCGAAGCACCAAAAGCCAAAGUUUUAAUACCUGAAGCCUCUCAUAUGCUCUCUAUUUUUUGUCUGUGUCCACAUGAGAUUUGCUCUGAGCAUUUAGCUCUGAUUGUUAAUCUUUCAGUAAAAUUUAAGUGUACUGUGAUCAACUAUUAUUUUUAGGGUGGUACAAGUAUCGUGUUCUAACAUGAUGAGAUUCGUUUAGUUCAGUUGCUGCAGGUAUCAAGCCCUCGAGAGCUUUGAUAUUUGCCUUGAAAUCAGUUACACUCAGGUUCUCAACUAUCUGCACUUAUACACAUUAAUAUUGUUUUUGUUCUUGAAUCAUUUUUAUGUGGAAGAAACAAAAACCCAGUGACCAACACUCAAUUUCAA